UGGACUAGUAUCAUCCCCAGCAAAUGGUGAAAUACUUUUUAAUCAGAACAGUACAAUUUAUGAUUCAAAGGCUACAUACAUCUGUAAUGAAGGCUACAACAUGAUUGGUCAAGCAAACAUAACAUGCGAACCUUCAGGAAACUGGGAUAACAAGAAAACAUAUUGCGAGAUAAAAGAUUGUGGAUUGCUGAUGCCACCGAACGAUGGUUUCGUUGUCACUCUGAAUGGAACAAAAUUUGGUGCAUCUUCUGAAUUUAGGUGUAAUCCUGGAUAUACUUUGUUCGGAGAUUAUUUCACAACUUGCUUGUCAAAUGGAACAAUGGCAAAACUAUCAUGUCAACUGCAUACUAAACAAGAAAGCGGUGCCCACAAUCUGUUUUAGUUGUGAUGGUAUGUCGAGUCCUGAAUAUUGUGACAAAGUUGAACAUUGUCAGCCGAAUCAGAUAUGCUAUACUGAAUCUUAUCAGACUGAUUAUGGAAAGGUAUUUCGAUCUGGUUGUAUGGAUGAACAAAAAUGCCACAAAGAGGAGAACAGUACCUCAAACUCUGUUUGUGUUGAAUGCUGUACAAAUGAAAUGUGUAACAAUAAAGGUUGUGGAAAUGCAGAUUUUCCGCCAAGAGAGCAUAGGGGUCCAAUGUGCUUUGAUUGUCAACAUAUCGGUGAUAUAAGUUCUUGUCGAAAGGUUACAAUGUGUGCAUCAGAUCAG